AUGCUCUCCGCUGCCUUCGCUGUUCACCCCGCCGCCGUCGCGUCGCAGCGGCAUUCUGUCCGCCAGCGCCAGCAGUUCUGCGCUCCAAUCGGCACGGCGACGCCAAGGCGGCGGUUGCCAGUGGCGAUGCUUUCGGUCACCAACGCCGUCGCCACGCAGAGCCGCGAGAGCGCCCCCGCGUCGCCUCGCAAGCUCUCUUUCCCGAUACUGGUGAAUAGUUGCACCGGGAAAAUGGGGAAGUCUGUUGCUGAAGCAGCUGUGUCUGCUGGUCUUCAGUUAGUUCCGGUGUCAUUCAGUGCAAUAGAGGUUCCUGAUGGAAAGCUCAACAUCUGUGACACAGAUAUUCAUAUUCAUAAUCCAUCUGAAAGUGAACGUAUUCUCCGUUCAAUUGCUAAGGACUACCCAGAUAUGAUAGUUGUUGACUACACUGUGCCUGAUGCUGUUAAUGCCAAUGCUGAACUUUACUGCAAACUUGGCUUGCCAUUUGUAAUGGGCACAACUGGUGGAGAUAGGCAACUGUUGAACAAAACUGUGCAGGAUGCGAAUGUUUAUGCUGUGAUAUCCCCACAAAUGGGGAAGCAGGUUGUUGCUUUCCUUGCUGCCAUGGAAAUCAUGGCAGAGAAAUUCCCUGGUGCAUUUGCAGGUUACAAACUAGAGGUAAUGGAGUCUCAUCAAGCGACAAAAUUGGACGUUUCUGGCACUGCCAAAGCUGUAAUCUCUUGCUUUCAGAAGUUGGGUGUCUCAUUUGACUUGAACGAGGUAAACUUGGUUAGGGACCCAGAAGAGCAGCUUGCCAUUGUUGGUGUCCCAGAAGAACAUCUCGCAGGGCAUGCAUUUCACAAUUACCAUCUCACUUCGCCUGAUGAAACAGUAUCAUUUGAGUUCCAGCACAAUGUGUGUGGCCGUUCAAUAUACGCAGAGGGAACUGUUGAUGCCGCCAUGUUUCUCCACACAAAGAUACGAUCUGGGGCGGACAAGAAAUUAUAUGAUAUGAUCGAUGUCCUGAGAGAGGGCAACAUGAGAUGA